AUGACUGAAGGACGGAUUGGACCAUCAGCUCUAUCAGUGAUCGAGAGACAAUUAGAACUCAACGAAAUUGAUCAAAAUGGCGCAAUUUCAUUGAACCCACCGAUUCAAGAAGUGAGUAGGGAACAAACAGGUACAGGAAUAAAUCAAAAGAAAAUCUGGCUUAAGAAGUAUCAAAAUGAAACGUCCAACAUCCAAACAAUCAGAAGGAAACAGUCCAAAGGAAACAAAGGUAGCACCAGAAAGAAACAUCCAGAGCGUUCGACUCACACAGGUGAAAAGCGGUUUAAAUGCGAAACAUGCACGAUAGGCUUCGCUAGGUCAUGGGUUCUGCAUAGACAUGUAAUGAUUCGUACCGGUGAUAAGCCCUUCUCUUGUCCGAAAUGCAGGAGGGGUUUCAAUCAGAGAGGGAAUCUGCUUGGACAUAUAUAG